AUGGCUAGGUCUCUCUUUUUCAUGGCUUCUCUUCUCCUCUUCGUCGUAUCAAUGUCAUCCAUCACCGCAACAAGGGCACAGUUGGAUUUGGUUGGUGGCUAUAAACCAAUAAAGGACAUAGCUGAUCCAUACAUCCAAAGCAUAGGGGAGUUCGCAGUGAAUGAACACAAUAAGCAAGCCAAAACUGAACUGAAAUUCCAAAAAGUGAUCAGUGGAAAAUUUCAGAUUGUUGCUGGGACAAACUACCAUCUACGAUUAACGGCGCUCGAGGGAACUGUAAGCAGAACCUAUGGGACCCUUGUAUUCACUGAUCUGAAGAAGGAAAACCACCUUAUCUUAUUCUAUGGCAUCACAAACUAA